CUUGUUCCUGGAAAUAUUGAAUAUGCUGCAGAAUAUAGAGAUAAAAUCUACAUUUUUGAAUGUGAAGAAAAGCUGCAAAAAUUCAUGAGAUUUCCAGAACAGUAUUGGGACCACAAACUUCCAUCUAAACUGCCACCAAAGAUGGAGCCAAUUGUGCUAACGUCUCUUCCUUUAACUGGAUAUCUAGAACAGGGAGUAGCCACUGCUUUAAUAAAGGCUUUAAAUGAUGUAGGCUGUUUAAAGCCUAAGUAUCCAUUUCUAAGUGUGAAACGAUCUGCUCUGUUGUAUAUCGCUUAUCACCUAAAAGCAUACAAUUCAAGUAAUUCAGAUUAUAUACGGAAGAAAUACAAGAAG